GGUUCGAUAUGCGAUUGCCUGCGACUACUCGAGAACGUCGAUACGGAGAGAUGGCAUCAAGGAGCGAGUCCUGGGAAAGCAAAGUCGUUCAUUUAGGAGAAUAUUCGAGCUGGCGCAAACCCAACUGAGAGCCGUCUGGGGGAUGGAGCUGCGCGAGCUGCCUGUCCGAGAGAAGAUGACGCUGCAUGAGAAGAGACAAGCUAUGAAAUCAAACACGCAGUCAAGGUCUGGCUCCGGUGCCUAUGUCCUCUCUUCCACGCUGCUACCAGAAUAUCGGAGCGCAUCGAUCCUGAGACCAUCGAAAACCCCGAGUGCCGAACAAGAAGCAACAUCCAUGGGAUUCUAUACGCUGCUCGUCUCGCUGAUUUGGCUCAACGGAGGAGAGCUCAGCGAACAGAAGCUGCAGCGGUCCCUGAUGCGCCUCAACGCCGACCGAAUGCUGGCUAGCGAACGGACAGAGGUGGUGCUCAAGAGGCUCGAGAGACAGGGAUACCUCAUCAAGAGGGUGGACCGGCCGCCAGUCGGUUACGAGGGCGACCAGACCAUCACCUGGCAUGUCGGGCCUCGAGCAAAGGAAGAAAUCGGCCUGGACGGAGUCAUGGGGUUGGUGCGCGAGGUGUAUGGCCAUCCCGAAGACGCGGCCUUUGACAAGAAACUGCGGUCGAGCCUGGGUCUGAAGAGCAGACAGGUCGGAGAUGGCGAAGGGGAGGAUGGCAACGAUGUGGGAUGGAGCAUGACGAACGGCGCAUAGGAUACGCCAUGAUGGUGGCACCGCAUUGGUGCUUGUGAUGAUUCUUAGAACCCAUAUAAUACCCGUCUUCUGUUGUUUGUCUCCAUCGACUUUUUCUGCUGCUUCUUUUUUCUGUUCUCAUGUUUCAUGCCAAUGUCUUCUAUUAACCCUACCUGGGAUACUAUAGUUGCUGCUUAAUUAUGAAAGGGGGUAUCUUGUCGUGCGAAUCUGUCGUUCUAUAACGCCAUUCUCAUCCGCGAAUCAUACACAAGAUGCAUAUGUAUACAUACAUCUUUAGAAUAGACUCAAAUCUUGCCGUUGUUGGCUGCAUCUUCAAUGAUGGUCGGUGAUUUAGGAGUCGUUGGUUGGAAAUUAAUCUUCUCGCGGCGGUGGAGGUCCGCUUGGCUGAACCAUUUUCCGUAUCAGCUGAGCCCGCGUCUUGGUCAGAGGCUCGUUUUCUGCCAGCGAGAUGUAGGAGAGAAGAGGUCGGUGGCCGACAAUCGAGGCGUACGUGUCUCGCUGGAUGUUUGUCCGCCACUCCCAGCUGGAGGUGUCUGGAUGGCCGGUUCCGACAUAUUUGGCCUGGAGGCGUUCGAGCUCUUGCUGGUUGCGAAGCUUGUCGGCCAUUGUAAGUGCUAGAUGAGUUUAUUAGAGAAUCUGAUAUGAAUUGAAUAUCAAACACUGAUUUGGGGGCUUGGAGACAAUGAUGAAGCGAAAAUUGGCGUCGC